ACAAGAGGGGCAACUAAUGUACAAAUAUUCUCUUCUUGAUUUUACAAACUUAGAUACAUUCUCCCCUAUAAAUACCUCCUCUCAUCUCUCAUCGAAUCCCAAGUUCCUUUCGUUGGCUUGCAAUGGCUCGAACAUCUUUGAGUCGAGAAGCUUCCGGAACCCGGUUCCUCGCUGCUAUCGCCUUUCUCCUUACGGCGGUUUCGAGAGGCGAAGGGUUUCAAUUCCAGGUCGGAGGAUCGAAAGGGACUUGGGCCGUCCCGACCGAUCCCAACACUCCGAUCUACAAUCAAUGGGCGGAAAAGACCCGGUUUCAGAUCGGCGACAGUAUACUGUUUGUGUACGACGGGAAUCACGACUCGGUCCUUCACGUAACGAAAGAUGCCUACACAAGCUGUAGCACGGAUGGGCCGGUGCUCGACAAGUUCAGCGACGGGCACAGCGUGUACAAAUUCGAUCAAUCCGGGCCGCAUUACUUUAUCAGCGGAGUCGCCGAGAAUUGCCACAAGAACGAAAAGAUGGUCAUCGUCGUCAUGGCCGAUAGAGGCAAGAGCAAGACUUCCAAUGAGACGGCGCCGGCGCCGUCACCUCACAAGAACCCGAAUGAGACGGCACCCGCACCGUCCCCGCAUUUGUCGCCGCCCGCACCAGCCCCACAAGUGUCGCCGCCAUCUCCGGCGCCCGAAACGAGUUCCACCCCGGCACCCGCGCCGUCGGGGGAGUCGGCCCCGCCGAAGAAUGAGGGCUCCGGUAGUGUUGCCAAUGGGAUUGUGGGGAUGGUUAUUGCAAGUUUCAUCGGGGUUUUAGUUCUUUGAUUUGGCGUUCUUGUUUGAAGUAGGAAAUGGGUUUUCCUUUUAUUUUAUUUUAUUUUAAUUUAUUGUUGUUGCUGAUGAGUGUUUUGGAUUGUUCAUAAAUUCUUGUUGUUGUGUUGGAAGAUUUCUUGAUUUGUUGUUGAUUUGAUCAUAUGAUGUAAAUUGUUCAAUACUGUGAUAAGAUUAUGUGUGAUGUUGUAAUGGGAACAUGGUUUUUAUUUUUUA